AUGGCCCUCCUCCCCGGCCGCAUCCCCCGCGCCACCGACGCGGACCGGCCCUCGCACACGCACGCGCACGCGCAGCACUUCUUCCACGAAGCGGCGGCGCUCUGGCCGGCGACGGCCGACGCCGUCUCGCUGCGCGGCCUGCGCCUGGUCGCGCGCGCGGGGCACGACGUCUGGGGCCGCACAGACCGCGCGCAGCCGGUGGCGCUGUCGCUGCGCGUCGCGGCGCGGGCGCGCUUCGCGGGCGCGGCGGCGGGCGACGCGCUGGACGCGAGCACCGUGCACUACGGGGUGCUGAGCAAGAACGUGUUGGGGGCGCUGGCGGGCGGUGCGGGCGAUGCGGGCGGUGCCGGGUCCGGGUCCGGGUCCGGGUGGCUGAGCGGGGUGGAGGUGGCGAGUCGGGUGAGCGAGGCGGUGGUGAGGACGGCGGCGGGGGGCGCGGUCGAGGCGUUGAGGCUGGAUGUCGGGUUUCCGAAGGCGAGCACGCUGGGGACGGGCGCGGGCGUGGAGUGGAUGGUGUUUUAUGGGGGGGAUGGGGGCCAGGUGGUGGGGUUUGCGCGGCAGUUGUAUGUGAGGGGGAUGGCGAUUCCGACGCUGAUUGGGGUGAAUGCGAAUGAGCGGAUGAAGAAGCAGAUGUGCUUGGUGAGCGUGUGGAUCGACAAGGUGUCGGAGGGGGCGGUUGAUGGGUAUGAUGUGGUGGAGGAUAUUGUGUUGAAGGCCGUUGAGAAUACGGAUUUCGAGACACUUGAGGCACUCGCCGAGAGGGUGGCCCAUGUCUUGUUCAAGUCCUUCAUCGCGGGCGAAUCAUCUGGCUCGAACCUGAGGAUUCGCAUCGAAAAGCCGACAGCAGUGCCGCUUGCCGACUUCCCGGCCAUUGAAAUCUACCGGACUCAAGAUCAGGUGCUAUACGCUUAG